AGAAAUACAGCCAAGCCAUCAGAAUGUGCUAACUACAUUUGAGUCAACAGAAUUUAGAGACAGACUUUCUUCAGCCUCAGCGGGUUUUGUUGUAAAAUGGAGUAGGAGACGCUUCUUUGGGCAUACAGAAUGCAUUUCGUCCUUUUUUGUUUUAUUUCUCUGGGAGUUAAAUCUCAGACUCACUUUAUAUGUAGGGGGUUUAAACCAGAAGAGGGAAGCGUUCUUAGAGGCAGGUCUUGAGAUUCUCCCGAGUCUGUCUGGGGUGCCCAGACCCCUCUUUCCUUUGCUUGGAUUCUCUGUGUGCCAGUGUGACGUUUUCACCACAGCACCGUCGCCAUAACCACAACCUCGCGUGGCUUGUGCACAGGAUUGCCAGUCCCUUUUCACUUCGUUCCUCUAAAAGAAAACAGUGGUUUAAUGGAGAGAUGGAGAGUGGCGAUGACUCCGAAGUUCUCACUCUCAAGAAAUUUAGAGGGGACCUGGCCUACCGACGACGGGAAUACGAGAAAGCUCUGCGGGAAUACUCCAGCAUCUCUGAACAGUUGCCAUCUACCAAUUUUGCCAUGAAAAGGGAUGUCCAGGAAGGCCAGGCUCGGUGUCUGGCUCACCUGGGGAGACACCAGGAAGCGCUGGAGAUUGCAGCAAACUUGGAAAAUAAAGCAACCAACACGGACCAUCUCACCACGGUGCUCUAUCUCCACUUGGCUGUUUUUUCCAGUUUGCAGAGUUUGGAGAAGACAAUUCUGUGCCUACAAAAACUGAUUUCCCUGCAUCCCCUGAACCCUUGGGGCUGGUGGAGAUUGGCAGAGGCAUACCUGAGUCCAGGGCCAGACCUGUGUACGUCAUCUUGGGGACAGACAAGUGACCCCUCGAGUAACAAAGCCAUGGCUUCCUCCACUGUGCACUCUGGAACAGACCGUCUUUUGUGCUUCCCAGCACCCUUGCCUGAGAGUGCAGUGCUUUCUGUGGAAGCAAGUGACUGUAAGACUAAAAAGAAGGCUGAAAAGGCUCCAAAGAAUACGCAGAACUGUCUGGCACAACGGAGAGAGGCAGCUUGGAUGGAGGCUCGGGUGAAAGCAUGCGCCUCUCUGAUUCGCUCCAGGCUCUUGCUUCAGCUCACCCAGUCUCAGCAAAUGUCAUUUGCUUUGGAGAGGAACCUGAGGACUCAGCAGGAAAUUGCAGAGAAAGUGAAGAAGCUCAACUUCCCUGCAGAUGCUUUGCUGUUGAUGGAAGAGGCUAUGGGGGAAGAUAUUGUCCCAGAAAAACUAAAAGAUGAAGUUCAUUCAGAGGUGAAGUGUGUUGGCCCCGCAGCCCUGGCUGCCUUGGUGAUUGCGUCCUCCAAAGAAUUUGAAGACAAGUGGUUUGGAAAAAUCAAAGACCGUUUCUGCCCCUUGGAAAAUCAGUGCCACGCGGAGCUACAGAUCACGGCUUAGAAAAGCACCGGCAGGACCCAAACAUCGUGCGCCGUACUGUCCUUGUUUACUUUAGGGAGAUCUGUGUAAUCAUGGAAAGCUGAAAUAAAGACGAUUUUAUAUUGUUUAUAAAAACCUCUC